UUAUACAAUUUGAGUAUCAAAACGUAUCUGCCCAAUUACGUGGAUUUUCCACCAGAGAAAAAUCUCACCUUUGAUGGACAAGUGGAAAUUCAUAUGGAGGUCGUGGAGCCAACCAAAAGUAUCGUGCUGAAUGCAAAUGAGAUCAGUGUGGUAGAAGGAGAAUACGAGGUCUCCUCGGGCGAUCAAAAACGUGAAAUUGAAAGCGUGCAGAAGCAUGUGCAACUCGAAAAGUUGGAGUUCGUAAUGAAAAAUCGGCUAGAAAAAGGUGACAGAAUCCGUCUCAAGAUGAACUACACUGGUCUCAUCAGCAACACUUUGGGCGGACUUUAUCAGGCAACCUAUAUUGAUACGGAUGGAAAAACUAAAAUUGCUGCAGUGACUAACAUGGAGCCGACAGAUGCUCGCCGAAUGGUACCAUGCCUGGAUGAACCGAGUUUUAAAGCGAAUUGGGCCGUAACUGUAAUUCAUCCGAAUGGUACCACAGCCAUAUCGAAUGGCAUUGAAACGGAGGAAGAGCGGGACCCCAGUGGGCGUUGGAUCGUAUCGAGAUUCAAAACUACUCCACCAAUGUCUUCUUACCUGUUGGCCCUUAUUGUUUCAGAAUUCGAGUUCAAUGAAGGCAAAACGGAAAGUGGUGUGUGCGAG